AUUAUCUAGUCUCAUAAUCAAAAGCAUUGAGACCCGCAUGGAUAUGGAUACUGAAAUAUACUUAUAUCUGCUUACAUAAUACCCGUAUAAUACCAAAAACAGGUAUUAACAAUGUUUAAGGUUUAAAUGAUUGAACAAGCGUAACCGGUCGUGACGUCAUCUGUAAUGGACGGUGUUGUUCCUGAAAUGUGCACAGUCCGGGUCUCCUUUUCUUUGUUUUAACAGAUACAUGCCUUACAAUCACAAUCCAACACUAUAAAUGGCUGACUACUGGAAAUCACAACCCAGGAAAUUCUGCCAAUACUGCAAGUGUUGGAUUGCAGACAAUAAGCCCAGCAUCGAAUUUCACGAAAGAGGGAAGAAUCACAAAGAAAAUGUGGCAGCCAAAAUUUCCGAGAUCAAAAAGAAGAGUGUUCAAAAAGCGAAGCAAGAGGACCGUAUGUCAAAACAGUUUGCAGCAAUGGAAGAGGCUGCACUGAAGGCAUAUGAGGAAGACCUGAAGAGGAUGGAAAUGGAAGCAGGAUCUGGUCCCUGUGUCCAAACACCAGUAUUGCCACAACCUAAAGCCCCACCACUGGUACUGUGCGAGCUACCACCGCAUCGCAAAAAAUAUCAAAAGAAAACAGACAAAGCAAGGAAGUCAUCUGUGGAGCAAAAGAGAACACAAACUUGGGUUGAAGGAUGGACAAAUGACAGGCACGCAUACUAUUACAACACAGUAACUGGAGACUCUCAGUGGGAUAGACCUGAAGGCUUUCUGAGUAGCUCAGACUUUGUGCAGCCUGGACAGUACGAGAGCCCUUCAGAUAGUGCUUGGAUGGAAGGGGUCAGUCCUGAAGGAUACUCAUAUUGGUACAACACAGAAACGGGAGAGUCCAGAUGGGAAAAGCCAAAUGACAUAGCCACGAAUGAAACCACUAAAUCCAGCUUGGCAUCUAGCAGUGAGAAAGUGCUUCAGGAAGAGCUGACUUCAGGAGAAGAGGGCUGUAAUGGGGCUCAGUUGUCACAGGGUGCAGAAGCCACUGAACAACAUAGCCUGCCAUCCACUGUCCCAGAAAAUAGCUCAAGGAAACGAAAAGUGGACGGGGAACACUUAGGAAAGGAUGAAGAUGAUCAAACAAGCAACAAAAUGCCUGGAGAGUAUGUUAAGGAGGAGAAAAAAGAGGCCCAAAGCACAACCAUUGAACCUAUAAAGAAAAAGCAGGAAGAGGUGGCAAAAACUAAGAAGCCAAAAUCACUGAACCCAUAUGGGGCCUGGGAACAGAUUAAGGAGGAGAAGGAUCCAUACACCAGUGUGGACUUAGAGUUGCCCCAAGUAGCUGUCGAGGAGGUCGCACCAACAGAGUUGCCGCCAGAACCGAAACUCAAGUUCAAGGAGCGCAUCAUCACCUCACUCAGAGUUGAAGGCGGGCUCGCUUCUUUUAAGAAAAGCAAGACACAGAAUGGCAAAUCCAGAAGCUUUCGACAGAGAGACAAUAAUGACUAGCCACAUUUUUUUUUUCAGUUAUCUGAAUUCUAAUGAAUCUGAUUUUGUAGCUCAAGUUCAUUUUACUGCUGCUUUUGAACAUGUGCGGGAGGUUAAUGGUCAGCUGGCAACUUGUGACCAGCUGGUGGUAGUGAGUGUAUAAAGCUGAUAGGUGGCCUCACAAUCUCAUCAGGACAACUUUAGUGACCUCAGUGUCUACAAAUAAAACAUUUGUCCUUAAAAAUGUUUCCUAAAAAUAAAUUUUCAGUUUAUAACCAA